GUUUGCAACCGCCGACUAUCUGGCGUCGCAAGAAACCUUAUUUACGUAGAUAUAUUUACGUAGAUACGCUUGCACUUAAUAAUCCUGUAGUUGCAAGUUGUUCCCAAACUAUUUCCGAGUGAUUUUAUGCUACAAAAGAGUGAAGAGUGAAGCAGUGGUUCCAUCGGAUUGCCCACCGGUUUCUCCGUUCCGAGAAUUCUCGACGGCUUGUGUGGGGGAAAGGCGCGCGUAGGUCAAGAUUGGAGCUAUCAGGUGUCUAGGACAUGGAGGAGGAGCCUGUUGCCAUUGAAAAUGAUUGCCAGAUAAUUGUUUCUGACACAAUUGGUCAGAAGACGAAUGGCGUGGAUGACGAUAAGGCCCCAAAUCCGUUCAGCAGAUGCACUUAUCCGGGAUCUCGGGAUGGCGGCAUUCUGCAAACCUAUAGGGCAGAGAGGCUGCUCAUCGCUUUGGUACGCCGCCAGCCGCUAUUGUAUGACGCCCGGCAUCCGAAAUUCCGCGACGUCGCUCAAAGGGAGAAACAAUGGAAAAAAAUCGCCAGCCGCCUGGCAACGAAUGCGACCAACUGCAAGAGAUCCUGGUCGGCGCUGCGAUAUAAAUAUCAGCGCCAUGUUCGUCGUCUAAGAAACUUUCAUCGCAGUGCCAUCCAAAAAGAUCGGGCGGCCCUGCGUUGGCGUCCUUGCAUGGAAUACGAGGAAGAGAUGCGCUUCAUGUAUACCCAUGUGGCCAGAUUCCCACUGAUUGUCGACAAGAUUCCGACAGAGAUUCUUGAAAAAGAGCAUGUGGAUGAGAGCGAAACCCGGCCCGAUGUGGAGGUCAUAGAGAAUCCGCCAAUGGACAUCAUAGAUUUGGAUGUCGAGGAGGACCCCACCUAUAACUACCGUUGCAACAGGUUACAGCGUCGCCUCAUAGAGGCAGUCAGUGCCUAUCCCCUUCUGUACGAUAGCACGUGCACGGGCUAUCAGAACACACGACAUCGCUUUCUAAUCUGGAGUGCCAUUUCAAACGAAGUCCAUGACAAAGCCACCAAGCUGAUGAAGUGCUGGCUAAAGCUGCAGACUCGCUACGAAUGGGAGUUAAUCCAUCGCCCACGUCAUAUCGGCACUUCGGAGCUGUGUCGGUUGAUGGACUUCAUGGAACCGCACGUACAGCGCAUGCGCGGCACCGUAUGCAAGUCUUCCAAGUACCUGCAAAACGGUUGGCACGAGCCCAUUGAGAAUUUCCACACUGUGAUGGCGCUGAUCACCACGAUGCGCAACAUGCCAGAACUAGUUCAGCUGACGGAGGACUCCCUGCACAACAAGGUGAAACCGCCGCGCUACGACGAAUUCUGGCAGAAGGUCGGCAUGGAAGUGAUGUGUAGUCACGAGCACUGCGAGGUCACCUGGCUGGUGCUGCGCGCCUUUUACCACGAAUUGCAGGCCGUGCGCUCAUCCGGCUAUCAGCUGCAGGACAAGUGGUUCUUUGAGGGCUCCAUGGGUCUGGCCUUAACGCCAGUUACCUCUCGUUCCACGGCCCGUCCCGCACUAAAGCGGACAGCCAACGGCGCCAUACCAGUGGCGGGGGAGCCUCCGGCCAAAACACCGGUGCCGGUACGUAUGCCAUUGGCUAUUGUCUAUCCGUCCACCUCAAAAGGCAGCAGCACGAGCAUGACCAACAGUGCAAGCACUGCCACAAGCAUUGGCCCCACCUUCACCAAUGUUAGGAGGUCCUCUGGCCCAGUCAUUAACAACACAUCCACCGCCGCCGCCGCAACGAACAGCGUCAGUUCGAGUGUAUCGCCCGAUCAAGCUCUUCCCAAGUUUGUGAUUCCCAAAAUCACGUCCGCCAUCAGUGUGGGCUCGGGAUAUAUGAUACCCCUAAAGUUUGUGCCCAACGUACGAAUUUUGCCCAAGCCGGCGGCGACUAUGGGAACGGGCGUGUCCCCCAUCGCCACCACCAAUCAGAUGGCGGGCCCAAACGCAAAGCCGCCUGAAGUGCGUCCACAGAUAACGCAGGGUCCUGGCUUACAGGUUAAGCUCCAUACGAAGCCUCAAAUGGCCAGUAGACCGCAAAUGGCACCUGUAGUCCCCCGCACUGUAAUUCGAACAACGAAUCCAACCAAUCCAGCUCAAACUCAAGACAGGGUAUCCGGAGGGCCAAUGUCGACACUGGGUGAACUGCUUAGGCCACAAAAUCCAUCGCAAAUACGUUCACCAGCUCCGCAACAAACACUGCCAAAUUUUGUACCAAUAACAACAUCGAAUAUUACAGCUAAAAGCAAUCUGCCAACACCCACUGCGGCUCCAAUGGUACGAAUACACCAGCCGGGACUGAAAAGCGCUUGGGAUGGCAAAAGCAAUAGCGCUCCGUUCAGUAAGCCAAUAAGAUCACUAUUAACCACAUCUUCGCCUGCAGCUGCUCCUAUUGUAGCAACUGCGGAACCAGCGAGAGCAAAAAUAAUACCACCAAAGCCCAAAUUGCCAGCAACAACAUUAGUAAACCCCAAAAAAUAUCAACCAAUCGUACCGGUAGCAGUACUACCUACAGCAGCAACCAGGAUGGCCAAACCUGCAACAGAACCAGCAACUGAGCUGCCUGUAACUACGCCACCAAUCGCCACUGGACAAACAACUCGAGUCAUACGAAAAACACCAUUAUUUCCUACAUCUGCAACACAAGCUGCAUCUGACUCAUAUGCCACAAUACAGGGCACAUUAGCAAGCCAGGCUAAAGCUGUGGGAGCAGCAAUAUCAGCACCAGUGGUCAGACCAGCCAAAUUGCCGACAGUAGCCAAGGCAACAACAGCAUCGCAGUCAGAUAUAAAAGCAACUGCAGCCGCAUCCGCAACCCUAGGCAGUCAGCCGGAGAACUUGCCGCUUGGCAACAUAACCGUGUGUCUGCACGAGAGUGAUACCACUGGGAAUGAACUGCAAGUUUGGUGCGGAAAUCAGGGUACUCGCUUCAAUCUCAAUAUGAUUAGGACGACGACGUUGAUCCGCGAGGUGAUGGCUGUGCCGCAGCUGCACAAGGAAGAUCCACAGUUGGCGGCCAAGUGUGUUGAGUUCUGGCAUUUUAUCGCCAAGAAGUUUCACAUGCCAGAGGAAGCUUUGCGCGCAUGCUGGAAAUUCUUGGCGGCCAACAUGAGUGUGUUUCCAAAAAUUGCGCCGAUGUCGGAACUGAUGCGUCCGUUUAAGUACAGCGAAAAAGUGUGGGAAAAAUCGAAUCGCUUGUUUGGCAAAUUUGACGAGAUAGCGCUAAAAUACCAGUGGUUGAAUCACAAGAACGUGUUGCCGGAAGUAAUACGCUUCUUCGCGAAGUACGAGUACCUCUACUGCGAUUUACGCAGGCCGCGACCUGGCGAAGAUGCUCAAGCUCCGCCCCAGUUGACGAAUCAGGAGAAGCAGGAGGUGUGGCGGGAGGCCCGCCUUAAAUUCCCAAAUCUCAAUCAUCGGGAUAUUUGGUCAAUGUUUAAGUUCGCCUUCCGCACAUACCUGGAUGAUUUAGAGCGCGGCAUCGAUAAUCCCUGGCCGCAGAAUUGGUGGCAGGCACUGGAGCAACUCAGGUUUCUGGUCAAUGUGCGCUACCAUCCGCUCGAGCCCUACUACUAUAUAGUGCACAACAGGAUGUCAGAGGAGGUGAAGCGCUGCAAAAUGCACGAGGCUCUAACGUCCUCCGAUCAUAUCGAUAAGACCAAAUUUACACCGAGCAAACUUUUAACGGGCUUUUCCAAAGAACCCAAGCCAUGGGAGACGGAGGAGGCCAAGCGCUUGCUUACCGGCAAGUUGAAUAGCGUGAGAAGCACUGAAACUCUCACUCAAAUUGCUCCAGCUCCGGCUCUAGCUUUGGCACCCGAUGCCCAACCUAUUCCUGUACCUGAUGGCGUUUCCGUGUCCAAAAAGACAAGCGAAAGCAAGCCAGCGUCAAACGCCAACGUCAAGUCUCAUAAAGACAAGAAUAUCUCCACCGCCCAAAAGCGGCCGACCCCAGCGAGAAGUGUCACCUGUAACAAUCUAUCCCCCAUUGAGGCGUUUGAGUUGUGUAAGAAAUUGCGUAGCCAACCAAACAGCUUCGAGCGGGCGAGCACUCUGGACAAGCGAGCCGCCUGGGUUCGCGUAUCAAAGGAGUUGCAUGCCACAGUGACCGAAUGCCGCCUUGGUCUGCAGUACGCUCUGCGCGAGAUGCGCAAUCUGAAGAUCGCCGAUCCAAGCAAUCAAUGUACAAUGGGCCACAAGUACUUGCACCACAUGUCGGAAAUCUAUAAGCAGGUGAAGCCGAACGCCCAGCUGACAGUCCGCACGCCACAGCAGCUCAACCAGUUAAACGAAUCGCUUGCGAAGAACACUCAGGAAGUUAGCCCGCAGGAGUUCCUGCCUGAGAUCAAUUUGUCCACUUGCAGUCCGGAUCUCGUGGUGAAGAAUUGGGCCUACGCCGUCGGUAACUUGUCCACGGCCAGUCAGGAUACACUGCUCGGCAAGAUGACGCAGCUGUUCUCUAAAUACGCCAAGGUCAAUCCGCCACCGCCUUAGCUCUCGAAACUUUUGGCACACGUAGUUUAGUCAUACAUAUUCUCUGUAAGAACUUUCGCCGUACCAUUGACACCCUUCAUUGCCACAGAAUACAUCUUAUUUAUUAUUAAGUGCAUGAAAUUGCAAUAACUUUUUUUUUUUUUUUAAGAGCCCUCUAGAAUAACUUGAAUAAAUGGCCACAGUCAACUUUC